AUGCUAUCAAAAGUGAGGUUGCUGAGAGCAAUUGCAUACACUAGAGUAUCUUCAUUCCACUCUUGUGCUUACCUUAAACACGAAAACCCUCUUGGUUUACCUAAAGUAGGUAAGGAUGGGGAUAACUUCAUACCUCGUAUGAGCAGAGGAUUACCAAUCAAACAAAGAAUACCAGGAGUAGACAAGAUACUAUUGGUGGCAUCAGGUAAAGGAGGUGUAGGUAAGUCCACUGUGUCUGUAAAUUUAGCUGCAUCAUUGAAUACAUUGGGUAAAAGAGUAGGAUUAUUGGAUGCAGAUAUAUUUGGUCCUUCAGUGCCUAAAUUAUUAAAUUUAUCAGGAGAACCAAGAUUAAAUUCCCAAGGUAAACUUUUACCUCUUGAGAAUUAUGGAAUUGAAUCCAUGUCAAUGGGUUAUUUAGUAUCUCCUGAGAACCCUGUGGUUUGGAGAGGGUUAAUGGUAAUGAAAGCCUUACAACAACUAUUAUUUGAAGUUCAAUGGUCAAAUAUAGAUUAUUUAAUCAUAGAUAUGCCUCCUGGUACAGGUGAUACUCAAUUAACUAUAAGUCAACAAUUAGUUGUUGAUGGAGCUGUGAUAGUUAGUACUCCUCAAGAUAUUGCGUUAAUUGACGCCGUUAAAGGAAUUGCCAUGUUUGAAAAAGUUAAUAUCCCAAUCUUAGGAUUAGUUCAGAAUAUGAGUUUCUUCUGUUGUCCAAAUUGUGGUCAUGAAUCUCAUAUAUUUGGAUCAGAUGGGGUAUUAAAAGAAGCCAAAAGAAAGAAUUUUACAGUGUUAGGAUCCAUUCCACUUAAUGAAGAUAUUUGUAUACAAUCAGAUAUUGGUAAACCUAUAGUAUUAGCAAAGCCAGAUUCACCAGCUUCAAUCUCGUAUUUGGAUAUUGCAAAGAAAAUAAUAUCAGAUGUUGAAAAGGUCUAG